AAUGAGUUGGAAACAGAUGUUGACUCAGAAGAAGAAAAGAUCGAAAAACUAAAUUUUUGCACGUGGAUAGAAUUUAAGCUCGGCAACUACGACGCUGCAAAAAAACAUAACCAGGCGGUUCUUAAAAUGACUUGGGGGGAUAAUAUAACAGCUCUUGUAAACCAAGCACACUUGUUUUUGUGGGAGGGCGAUGAGGGUCGUGCUGAAGAGUGUGUUGACAAGGCUGAAAAGUUAAUGAAAAGCUGUGACGGCGAGCAGUUGAUGAUCGCAUCCGAAGCUGAACUGGCGUAUUCGUUAAGUAGGUUGGGAGGAGGCGAUUAUCUAAGACGUGCUUUUGAAAUUUAUUCGACGGUUGUUCAGAAAAGACCAGAAAAAUACGUUUGGAAAUUUGGUCUAGGUUUACUACUCAGGCGUGCUACACAUGUCAAUGUUACCAUAUACAUGAAUUCAAAAGUGUCAAUUUCAGAU